AUGGUCUCACACCCCUCCCGACCGGCGCACGCAGCCUCGAACUCGCGCUCGUCGCAGCCCUCCGCCCCGACCGCCAGCACGCCGGGCCACGCGAAGAAGUCGUCGUCGUCGUCCAACCACAAUGGCCAGCCCCGCGAGCGCGACCAGCGACCGAGCAGAGAGGGCACCGCGCAAAAGGCCGCCCAGGGCGUGGAUGGCCUCAAGGACUUCCAGCUGGGCGACUGCCUGGGCAAAGGCGCAUUCGGCAGCGUGUACCGCGCCCUCAACUGGGGGACUGGCGAGGCCGUCGCCAUCAAGCAGGUCCGCCUCGAGAACCUGGGCACCGCCGACCUCAAGAACAUGGAGAUGGAGAUUGACCUGCUCAAGAACCUGAACCACCCCAACAUCGUCAAGUACAACGGCUUCGUGAGGAGCUCCGAGAGUCUGUACAUUAUUCUGGACAUCUGCAAGAACUUUGGAAAAUUCCCCGAAAACCUCGUCGCGCUGUACAUGUCGCAGGUCCUCCACGGGCUCCUCUACCUCCACGAACAGGGUGUCAUACAUCGGGAUAUAAAGGGCGCAAACAUUCUGACGACCAAGGAGGGCCUCGUCAAGCUGGCAGACUUUGGCGUAGCCACCAAGCAGUCAGGUCUGGACCAGUCGAGUGUUGUCGGCACGCCGUACUGGAUGGCUCCCGAGGUCAUCGAACUAUCCGGCGCUACUACUUCGUCAGACAUAUGGAGUUUGGGAUGCACAGUCAUCGAGCUUAUCGAAGGGAAGCCGCCCUACCACAAGCUCCAGCCCAUGCAGGCCCUCUUCAGAAUCGUCAACGAUGAGCACCCGCCGAUACCUGGAAGUGCCUCUCCGCUGCUGCGCGAGUUCCUCAUGGAGUGUUUCCAGAAGAAUCCCACGCUCCGCAUCUCCGCAAAACGCCUCCUCAAGCACCCAUGGAUUCUCAGCGCCAAGCGGACUGUCCCUGCAGUACCCACAAAACCUACCGAAUAUCAGGAAGCAGUCAAGUCCGUGCAGGAAUGGAACGAGGCAUUAAAGUCGCCCAGCUCCCUGCGCCGAAGCUCGCGUCUUGUGUCGGGCUUGCAGAAAGCCAGUCCUGCUGCUUCAUCUCGCAAGAAUCCGGCCAAUGUUAAUCUCAACAUCCCGAAGCACAGACCCACCGCUGAGUCGUUCCGCUCCCCGGAGCUAGAUCAUGACGAUAACUGGGAUAAUGACUUUGCCGAAAGCAUAUCGCCCCGCGCCCUGCAGAUGCCACACUUGAAGCCACAGGACAACUUUGGCGGUCUCUUUUCGAGCGACAAGCUCAAGGCUUUUGCCAGUUUUGAGUCGGUUACAGAGAUGGCAGAGUACGAUGGCGAGGCUACGGUGAAGAGUCCGAUGAACUUGGCGCAGUUCCAGAGCUUCCCGAAAGCGUCGGGCCAUAGAGCGGUUGAGAGAUCGAGAGGCGCCAAUGGUAGACCUAGGACGUCUGCGUCAUCAUCGAACACGUCUUCGAGAUCAAAUUCGAACGCUUCCACAUCAGAGUACGAGGAUAGACAUGAGCCUCAGCCUAGAACGGCAUUCCUGCGAGGUACACCAAGGGCUGCACAGCCUCCCAAGCCAAAGACGACAGCGCCAGCGCGGCCAAGUCAGCUCUUUCGCGAGGACACUGUCGAGGAUUAUUCGGAUCUCAUGCCAGCUGAUGAGGGUGCCUUUGAGCGUAAGCUAGCGUCCAUGCAGUACGCAAACUCGCCAGCCGUGCCAUCUAGACAAGUAAUCGUCACCAACUCCAGUCCACCAUCUGAUACUUUCUCUCCACGACUGUUCCAUCCCAGCGACCUAAAAGCAGGGCCCAAGUCAACACGCGAUCUCAAGUCUGGUGGCAAUGUCCAUCAGAGAUCGACGAGCUCGACAUCGACACGGAAGCAACUACAACGGACGCAGUCGGAAAUUGAGAUUCAAAAGUACGCCGAGGAUGAAGGCGAUGACUUUUCGGAUGUCUUUGGUGACAUCAAGAGUCAGCUUGCUAAUCCUAGCCGAGCCGAGAGUGAUAGUGGGAGUGAGCACAGCAGUCUUGCCAUGAUCACAUCGAAGAUGGCGAACUCUUUCAUCAUAGCCGACGAGGAUGAUCUUGAUCCGUUCGCGAACCUUGAUGAGGGCCUCGACAAUAUCAACUUGGAAAACAACGUCGCGCGAGACCGGGACGAUCGGUUGACGAAGAUGACGGAGAGUCUUGUGGGCUGUCUGAAGACAAGUCAACCCGACGACGAGCUACUCGACAUUGCAGAUCAAUUACUGCAGGUGCUACAUGAAUCUCCGGAUAAGCGAUCAAUCAUAUUGCGAAGUCACGGCAUGCUGCCGAUUUUGGAAAUUCUCGGAACCAGGCCGCACAACGAGGUGGUCCUACCCCUUCUGAAGAUUAUCAACCUGAUCAUCCUGGAAGACUCUGAAUCGCAAGAGAGCUUGUCGUUCUUGGGUGGCAUCCCUACCAUUUGUUACUUUGCUUCCAAGAAGUUCCCUAGCGACAUCCGGAAAGAGGCUGCGGCUUUCGUACGGCAGAUGUACCAAACCAGCACAUUGACGCUGCAAAUGUUCAUCGGCUGUGGUGGUAUCAAUGUGCUCGUUGAGUUUUUGGAAGAGGACAUUGACGCUGAGCGCGAUCUGGUGCUCAUCGGUGUCAAUGGCGUCUUUGGUGUUUUCGAAUUACAAGGACCGACCCCGAAGAAUGACUUUUGUCGCAUAUUCUCGAGAUCGAGCGUACUAUACCCCCUCAGCUUGGUGCUGAACCGUAUGGUGGAGGAAGAUGGGGAGGUUGCACGCCUUAUCGUCGGCAGGAUUGUACAGAUCUUCCUCAUCUUCUCGCAAGCAGAGAGUCAUGUCAAGGAUCUUGUGGCGGAUCGGAUGAUCCUGAAGCGUGUAUUGAAAGAUCUCCGCAAGAUGGCACCACCGCACCAGAUCACGAUGCUCAAGUUCAUCAAGAACCUCAGCUCCCUCUCGUCGACCCACGAAGCCUUACAAAACUCCAACGCGAUCGACAUCCUCAUCGAAUUACUGAAGUCGACCCGGCAGAAAGACGCAAUGAGCCGCAGUCAGCAGCGAUCGGCCUCUGACCCAGCGCGACUACCUCCCUUCCACCGCGAGAUCUCGAACCAGAUCCUCAAUACCAUGUACAACUUGUGUCGGCACAACAAGAGCAGACAGGAGGAGGCUGCGUUGUCGGACAUUAUUCCUCUGCUGAAGGAAGUUGUGCGUGAAGGCGGCCCGCUCAAGGAGUUUGCGCUGCCGGUGCUGCUUGAGAUGGUCAACUCGGGCAAGGUGGCACGGAAAAUGUUGUGGGAUGCAAAGGGUCUGGCGUUCUACGUUUCGCUGUUGGGCGACCGCAAUUGGGCGGUAACGGCCCUGGAUGCCAUUUUCGUGUGGCUCCAGGAAGAAACCGCGCGCGUCGAGCAAUACCUUCUCUCCUCACAAUCGAACUUUACCGUCGCCAUCAUCUCCGCGUAUACCUCCGCCGACCUCCCACACUCAACCUUCGAGAACAUGCUCGAGCCACUGCAGAAGGUGGUUCGCUUGUCACCACCAAUCGCUGCCUCCCUCGCCGUACCCGAGAUCUUCGGUCGCACAGAACAAAAGCUGGGACACAAGGAUGCCGUGACGCGUCUGAACUUCCUCCGUAUCCUGCGGACGAUUUGCGACGCGAAGGACGAGGGCUGCUGGCUUAUACGCGCAUUCGGCUGUUACGAGCGCAUCAGCUGGCUCAUGGAACACGACUCUGCAGUGUUGGUACGCCAAAUGGCCGAAGAGCUCGUCCGCGCCUGCGACGAAGUCGAACUCUCCGGCAUCAGUAAAGGCUCCAACGGCAAACGAAGCCUUAGUCGCGCCUCGAAUGUAGGCAUGAACCUCCGCCGCCCCGCCUCCUCAGCCGGCCGCCGCGACGGCUCUGGCUCUAGCACCGGUUCCACGCUCGUUAGCAGCGGCAUGGGUCUCACACCCCCUACACCCAACUCCCUCAAAUCCACCUUCAUGCUCCCACCCAUGUCUGGCACACCGACAGGCCACCGCGGCGACCACCGCAUUACGCGCUCCCAAUCCUCAACCGCAAUGUGGGAUCUCGCUGAAGACCCCACCGCCGUCCUCCCUCCUUCUUCGUCUGGAAGAUCGAAACCACCCGCUCUCGCCCGCAGUUCCACGUCUUUCGCCGCCCUCCAAUCAAACACCAGCACACCAACCGGUCCACGCACUUCCUCCCGUCCUCCGUCCCGCGACGCAGCAACCAGUCUCGCGCGCAUAGAAGCGAAUCACAACAACGCGAAGUCCUCGUCUCGACUUCCCAAAGCGCGUCAAGGACGCAUCAGCGAAGCCGUGAGUCGGCGCCGGCAGAGUGUUGUCGGAGGCGAGAACGAAACACCACCGAGCCAUGCGUCUUCGCAUGGCCAUAGCACUGGGUCUCCUGCUCCGUCGAGUAGCCAGCCGGUGCAUUCGACGAGUAAUGCGCCGCCGCUCCCACGGCUGCAGAUUGUGAGGAGGCGGAGGGAGACUAGUGGCGGGGAGAUGAGUACGGCGGCGAGGAAGGGGGUGCAGGAUUAG